UCUUCUUCCUCACAGCCUCGCGUCUGCUUGCCAUUCGCCUGCCUCACGCAGAUCCGUCGACUCGACCACUACCGUUCUUUCCUUGCCGGUUCAAGUGGCAGACUCUCUGCGUACAUUGUCACCCGUCGAUCCUCGUAAAGGACGUGCCCUUCUAGACACGCUAUCGCGCAUCAUCCUCGAUCCGUGACCAGGCAGCUGUGAAGCUGCCACUGCUUGCGACGCAGCAAAAUGACUUCCUCUACGUCCACCACGACGCCCUUGCAUCUCUUCUCGCAACAGGUGCAGGACGUGAAGACCCCCAAAAGUGACAUCAAUGCUUUGAUACUAGACUACUUGACCGUCGCUGGCUAUCCCAAUGCCGCCGCAAAGUUUUCGGCAGAGGCGAACCUCCCACCACAACAAGACAUGUCAGAUAUCCAGGCAAGGCAGCGGAUACAGGCGUCCAUACAUCGUGGAGAUAUCGAGGCUGCCAUUGACGAGCUGAAUGAUCUUGACCCAUCCAUCUUGGAUGAAGACAAGGAUCUUCACUUUGCCGUCUUGCGUCUGCAAUUAGUUGAACUCAUCAGGACAUGCAUAGCCACUCCAGGAGGCGACAUCACACGAGCUCUCGACUUUGCCACGUCCCAGCUGGGUCCUCGUGCCUCAGAGAAUGCUCGGUAUCUGGAAGACCUGGAGAAGACCAUGACCCUGCUCGUGUUCCCGCAUGACAGCCUUGAUCCCCCACUAGCCGCGCUCCUGCAGCCGAGCCUGCGCCGCGCUGUGGCCGACCAGGUCAACAAGGCCAUUCUCGAUGGCCAGAGCCAGCGGCGUGAGGCUGCGAUCCGCCAGCUCGUGAUGAUGCGGGUGUGGAGCGAGGUUACGGCGCGCAGUGAGACCAAGAAGGACCUGCCGGCCCGGAUCGAGAUUGGUCUUGACGCCGAGGAGUCUCUGAGGCACGAGAACGGCCAUGACGAGCCAAUGUCGAUGAAUGCGUAACUGUGAUUGAUUCCUUGGCCUUUGUUUUGUUGUGCACAUUGGCAUCUGGCAGCGAGUUUUUGCCUUUUGGGGGUGUUUGCAAGGCGUUUAAAUUAGGGGCAAGCGGGAACUGGAAUUCAUUAGGGUCUCUCUCUCCGGCGUUAUCAAUUCAAUCAAAACUUUUGUGCGUACGCCUCAAUGGAAUA